CAAAUGGAUGACACUGAUCCCUCAGCCAAUGAGAACAAGCUGAUGUUAAACAUUACCUCUACAGUGAUAAAGUCCAAAAGUAAAGGCAGAUAAAGACUCGUUUUCAAGAUCAUUACCCAAUCUUUUUUUCUUAUUCAGAGAAUAUUUAAGUCCACCAGGCGCAGACUAGCUGUGUCACAAUCAAGACCAAUGUCAGCACUGAUAUCUUUCUCACUACUGAGGUCCUGUGCUCACAGCCUCAGGUCUGUGGAGGCACUUAAACACAGCAAGACCUGGAAACUAUGCAGCACAAGUUUACUCCAGUGGUGCCGGUCUCUCCAUGUGGACUGUCCUCCCCACAUACCAUCUCUUACCACCAGCUAUGUCCAUGGCACCUCCUCAGUCUCCCUGCUAUCCCUGACUGUAGGUCAGAGCCUGGACAGUGCAGCGCAACGCUGGCCUGACCGUGAAGCUGUGGUCUUCCUGCAGGAUGGCAUCCGUAAAACCUUCUCUCAGUUUCAGCAAGAUGUUGACAAGGCGGCUGCAGGACUCCUGGCUCUGGGCCUGACAAAAGGUGACAGACUGGGAGUGUGGGGACCCAACUCAUAUGAAUGGAUCCUUUUCCAGUUUGCCUCAGCCAAGGCUGGAAUUAUACUGGUAUCUUUGAACCCAGCCUAUCAGGUGAGGGAGGUGGAGUUCACACUGAAGAAGGUCCAGUGUAAAGCUGUUGUCUGCCCGUCCAGCUUUAAAACACAACACUUCAGUGAGAUGCUUAGAGAGAUCUGCCCGGAGAUCAACGUCACACCAGGGGGCAUGUUCAAAAGUUCCAGGCUGCCAGAUAUGCGUAUGGUGAUUCUAACAGACGACAGACAGCCAGGGAUGCUCAAUGUGGAGGACGUGAUGCAAGCAGGGGAGAGUCGACACCACAGAGAGCUCAAGGAUCUGCAGAGCAAGCUGUCUUUUGAUGAUCCCAUCAACAUUCAGUUCACAUCAGGGACUACAGGCAGUCCAAAGGGAGCAGCUCUUUCCCACCACAAUAUUGUAAAUAAUGCCUACUUUAUCGGCCUUCGAGUGGGCUAUGGAUGGAGGCCUCAGGUACGAGUAUGCAUGCCUGCACCAAUGUACCACUGCUUUGGAUCAGUAUUGGGAGGGAUGUGCAUGGCACUGCAUGGUAUCACACUAGUAUUUCCCUCCACUGGGUUCAACAGCCAAGCCAACCUACAGGCUAUUCAGAGUGAAAAGUGCAAUUUUGUCUAUGGCACUCCUACAAUGUUCACAGACAUGCUUAGCCAACAUGAUUUGCACAAGUACGAUUUGUCAUCGGUUGAAGCUGGUAUCACUGGAGGUUCUCCAUGCCCUUCUGAGGUUGUGAGAAAACUUAGAACAGACAUGAACAUGAAAGAGAUAAUGCUAGCUUAUGGAACCACUGAGAAUAGCCCACUUACAUUUCUGGGCUUCCCGCAAGACAACGAGAAGCUGAAGACAGAAACUGCUGGAUGCAUCAUAAAUCACACUGAGGCUAAAGUGGUGGAUCCUAAUACUGGUCAGAUUGUCCCGUUGGGAGCCUCAGGAGAGCUGCUGAUUAGAGGCGUCUGUGUGAUGUUAGGAUACUGGGAAGAUCCAGAGAAAACCAAUGAGGUUAUCUGCAAAGCUGGUUGGUACAGGACUGGUGACACAGCGAGUCUGAACAGUCUGGGGUACUGCCGCAUUGAAGGACGCAUGAAGGAUCUGAUCAUCCGAGGAGGGGAGAACAUCUACCCAGCUGAGAUAGAGCAGUUUCUUUUUACACAUCCUAAAGUACUGGAGGUGCAGGUGGUUGGAUUAAAGGAUGAGAGGCUGGGCGAGCAAGUGUGUGCCUGCAUCAGGCUGAAGGAGGGCCAGACCUGCAGUGCAGAGGAGAUAAGAGCAUUCUGCAAAGGCCAGAUUGCUCACUUCAAGAUCCCGUAUUAUGUUGUCUUUGUGGACAGCUUCCCUCUGACAGCCUCUGGAAAGAUCAAGAAGAACAUAUUAAAAGAAGAAAUGGGGAAGAAGUUAGGCCUUUAAUUUCAUGGAUCCUGAUGGACUUUGUGCACCCUUUUGAAAAUCAGAAACCAAACAGCUGAAAUGAAUGCUUUCUUUACCACGAAACCAAUGAAGAUGUUCUGCCAGUGGAUCUUGAACUGUUGCUGUUCAUCAGUAUUUUAAUAAAUGUCUAUCACAAAGACUGCAGAAAAUUUCAACUUCUCAACUCAGCCCCAAAUCACUUAAGUCAUUCUGACAUUGUUAUAGUUUAACCCAAUAUAUCUGAAAGAAAUAGGAUAGUAAAGGACCUGUCUGUAAGAUUUGGGGAGAUCUAUCAGCAGUGAUACAUUAAUAUAUUCAUCUGGUGUUUCUAUCGGUAUAUAAUCCACAGACAAUAAGAGUAGAACAAGAAUAAGUAUAAGAUGAAUAAGUAAUAUUAGAAUAAGUCUCUUCCGUGGUGUGCCCCAAGAUGAACUGCUAUUUAUCUGCAGCAGCUCAGAACAGAAAUAACCAUGAGUUCCAGUGUCACUGCCACUGAGGGUUUUCAUAUGAGCUUGGAAAGAGGAGGGAGGAGUUAUCAGCUGCCUGCAAUCUGCAACCUCACCUCUAGAUUCCACUAAAUCCUGCACACUUCUUUUAUUACAAAAUGUCAGAAAGUUAAAAUAACUAUAUUUAAAAGCUGUACAGAUUGACUGUCAAUUCUUAAACAAAGUCAGAGAAUGACCUUAAUGACACUCUUAAAUAUUGACAUAUCUUCUAAUGUUGACAGAUAGUGGCAAGAUUGUUGAUUGGAAUGAAUGUUUGAAUGUUGAAUAUUUUUUACUGAAGUAAAACUGCAAUUGUACAUCUUAUAAUAGUAAUCCUGGUUUUAAUGAAAAAAAAGAUACAUGGGACAUAAUUGCUUUAUUUUAUUUUAAGCAAUAACAAAAGCAAAUCAGCUGCUGUAUGAUCUUAGAAAGGCUUUCAGCUAUUUUCAUUAUGUGGCUAAAACUACUUCUCAGGUUAAACUUACAAGGGUUUUACAUUAUGUGUUGUCUUGUACUCAUCUUACUCCUGAUGGCUCAACUUUUUUGUCACUUUUAUCUCAUUCCUGA